UGCGUCCAUAAUCACCAAACAUUUGAGCAAGGAAAUAGCAAGGCUCAACUUAAGACCAGCCGGCAAUGUGAUUGUGGGAAACAUGCCUUCCGAGAGCAUGUUUGAAAAGAACGGCUUUCAAGACGUUGGAAAAUGUACAUUAGAUUUUUUAAUACAUGGUCUUUGUAUCGUGGAUUUAUUUGUACAAGUGAUUACGUAGAUGCCACUUAUAAUUAAUCCCAACUACCUUAUUGUAAAAAAUGCCUCAAAACGGUGACAUCUUGGUGGUAAUACCGGAUGAAGACCUGCCUGAACUAGCUCAACUGUAUGAGAAACAUCAGGAUGUAGCUGCUCAAAUAUAUUGUGCAAUUAAAACGGCCAUUCGAUGGAACCAACAAGGAGUAAAAAAGUUCUUAUUUACUUCUCCAAAUAAUAGUUGGAGAGAGGAUGGAACUAUUUUUGUAUUUGUUGAGUUUUUAUAUAAAGAUCUGAUAAUUUCUACCUUAACGAAUAAUUAUGAACAUAUCUAUGAAGCUCUAGAGAAAACCAAAAUGAUCAAAUCUGGCACAACUCUUCAAUUCUAUUCGUUGGAUAUAAAUUUUACUCCCACCAUAUUGGAUUGGAUUAAAAACACCAACAAAACUUUAAUGUAUAAUUUAUCAGGAAGAAACUAUUCAAUGACUGUAGAAGAAGCUUUAAAAUUAGACACAAGUUGCCCACCAGAAGUUCUUAUUAAGAAAUUAGAUGUAACUCAUGUUAAUCAAAUUAAUAACAUUUGGCCUCACAAAUAUCCAAAUUCUGAUAAGUACAUGACUGACAUGAUCAAACUGAACGAUUGUUACGGUGUAUUUCUUAAGGAAAAAGGUGAUCUUGUUGCUUGGGCCUUUACUCAUCACAUAGGAAUUUUGGGAAUUAUACAUACUGAGGACAAUCAUAGGAAGAAGGGUCAUGGAUCUUUGAUCACCAAGUUUUUAAGCAAGGAAAUUGCCAAACUUGGAUUGAAACCUAUUGGUUAUGUCGUUGAGGGAAAUACUGCUUCUGAAUCCAUGUUUGAAAAGAUGGGAUUUAAGGAUGAUGGACAAUACUCUUAUAUUAAAAUUAUUUGGUAAUAUAACAGUUGUUGAUAAUAUCAAUUUGCAUUUUGGCACAAUAAAAUGAUUUUUAUUUGU